AUGGACUUCGUCAGUUGCUUGCCUGUUUUAUCAUCAGAUGAAGAAGUAGAACUUGUGCUCUGUAAAGCAACGUUUGACAACAGAGAAUGCGUUAAUCUUGAGAAACUUCAAAGUUUGAGGAUCACAGAGUUGAUGGUCAGUGAAGGUAGUGACAUACAUAUCAUCCAAGAUUUUACCGCUGACACCAUUCAUUGUUUUGGAAAUGCUGAUUGUAACGCAGCUUGGUACGCUCUGAUUAAUAUACUAUCGGGACACUCCUUCCAUAGCGAAAACUCAAUGGACCUCGAGGGAUCCAUCUGGAAGUGUGAUUUACGAGAUGAGCCCUGGAAGUUGGUCUGGGAGCUUGAUUUGCAUGGUAUUAUCAAGAAAAAUGCUGAAGUGAUUUUAAAUUCUUCGCAUGGAAGAGAAGUUGAUCUUUUCAAAAUGAGUCUUAAGUUGUUUAACGAUUAUUGUGCUGCCAACGACGCCAUCCAUGGCUUAGAGCAACGAGAAAAAGCUAUAGAGAGAGAACUUGAUCACGAAAGGCAAAAAUUGCAAGGUUUUAAUGAGAUUAUUAGUCAGAGAGAUAUGAAAACGCGGGCGAUGGUGUUAAAGUUACUAAAUGAGAAGAAAGAAAAAAUACGGGAGCUUCAACGAAGGUUGGAGGAAAACAAGGGUUCCGAUGAGGUCUCUGACGAUCGCUUAAUAAAUGCUUUCGUAAACAAGCCUGUUUCCAGAAUGAAUUCACCUCAUAAAAGGCGUAGUACGACGCCUAUUUUGCAGUCUGCACCAAAGAGACCCACCAUUACAGCAGUUAAGAAGGAAGAAGACGAUUUUGACGACUUCGCAAAUCAAGAUUUUGCUUUCAUGGGCAUCAAUAGGCCACUGUCCAGCUCCCCUGCAAAACUAGAACCCACAGGAACGCCUGAGUUGCCAACAAGCAAGAUAGGCGUGACAACAGGUGACACGCCAUCCGAGGAAUCAAAUUUCGAAGAACCACCACCAAACAAUGCAUUGAGUGAACAGGAAGUUCCUUCACUAACACUACCAAAAGCUGAAUGCAGUGCGGCUCCAGGAAGGCAAUCCUCAGAAGAUCUUACCAGCACGGAAGGCGAAGAUGAAACAGAAACGGAGACAGAGGCUGGAAUCGACCACGAAAUUGAUAGCGCUUGA